AUGAUGUCGUUCCCCAUCGUUCGCAGCACAGCACGUGCUUUCCAACGGCCAUGGGCCACGGCCAGCGCACAGGUGGCGCGGAUGCAGAGCCGGAUGGUGUCGUCGCAGAAUCUGGAGGGCCAGCAGCGCUUGUUGGCGGCACAUCUGCAAGAGGCCGAUCCGACCAUGUACGAUAUCGUGGAGAAGGAAAAAACACGGCAGAAGCAGUUCAUCAACCUGAUCCCGUCGGAGAACUUUACGUCACAGGCGGUGCUGGACGCUUUGGGCAGUCCGAUGCAGAACAAGUACUCGGAAGGGUACCCGGGGGCGCGAUACUACGGCGGAAAUGAGUUCAUCGACCAGUCAGAGCGGCUCUGCCAGCAACGAGCGCUGGAGACAUUUGGGCUCUCGGAAAGGGAAUGGGGCGUCAACGUGCAGGCGCUGUCGGGGGCGCCGGCGAACCUGUACGUGUACUCGGCGCUGAUGAACACGCACGACCGGCUGAUGGGGCUGGACCUGCCACACGGCGGUCACCUGUCGCACGGCUACCAGACGCCGACGAAGAAGAUUUCGUUUAUCAGCAAGUACUUUGAGACGCUGCCGUACCGACUGAACGAGCGGACCGGGCAGAUCGACUACGACAAGCUGGAGGCGAUGGCACUGCUGUACCGGCCCAAGAUCAUCGUGGCAGGGGCGAGCGCGUACAGCCGGCUGAUCGACUACCAGCGGAUGCGGGCAGUGUGCGACAAGAUCAACGCGUACCUGGUGGCGGACAUUGCGCACCUGUCGGGGAUGGUGGCGGCCAAGGCGAUGCCGGGGCCGUUUGGGGUGGCGGACGUGGUGACGACGACAUCGCACAAGUCGCUGCGAGGGCCUCGGGGGGCUCUGAUCUUCUUCCGACGCGGCGUGCGGCGCGUGAACGCAAAGACGGGCGAGGAGGAAAAGUACCAGCUGGAGGCGGCCAUCAACGCGAGCGUGUUCCCGGGCCACCAGGGCGGGCCGCACAACCACACGAUCGCGGCGCUGGCGGUGGCGCUGAAGCAGGCGCAGACGCCCGAGUUCCGCGCAUAUCAGGAACAGGUGCUGGCCAACGCACAGGCGCUGGCACGACGGCUGGGCGAUGCCAAAGACAAGGGCGGCCUCGGCUACUCGCUCGUGUCGGGUGGCACCGACAACCACCUGCUGCUGGCCGAUCUGCGGCCACAGGGCAUCGACGGUGCUCGCGUUGAGCGCGUGCUCGAGCUCGUCGGCGUCGCCGCCAACAAGAACACGGUGCCGGGCGAUCGCUCGGCCUUGACGCCCGGAGGCCUGCGCAUGGGCACGCCUGCCAUGACCACGCGCGGCUUCACCGAGCACGACUUUGCCCGUGUUGCCGACAUUGUCGACCGCGCCGUCACCAUUGCCAUCCGCGUCGACAGGGCCGCCCGCAAGGAGGCUGAGGCCAAGGCCGAGAAGAGCCCCGGCCGUCUGCGUCUGUUCCUCGACCACCUCGGCGGCGGCGAUGCCGUGCCCGAGAUCCUGCAGCUGCGCAGCGAGGUCGCCGACUGGGUCAGCACGUAUCCGCUGCCCUGGACGAGCAAGUGA